CUGGGAAUUAAAUUAACAAAUUGCGGUCACAAUAACUAAAGAUGGACUGAACCGUUGUGAACUCACUUGGGGUGUUUUUUUUUGGAAGGAAUUGCUGACGAUUAGCGGCAGAUAUCAGUGAUUUGCCGCUAAGUGAAUAAAUGGUCAGGUGAUUAAAGCCGCUGGAGAUUACCAUCCGAAACAAUACAUGUUAAUGUUCCCUUUCGUGGUGCACAAAUCUACAAGAUGGGUUUGAAAAUCUUACUUUAUGUGCCUAACAUUAUCGGUUAUAUAAGGAUACUCCUCCUGCUGGUCUGCUGGUGGACUUUCAAUUAUCCUAUUGUGUUUUUUCCCUGUUAUGUGGUUUCCAUUAUUCUUGAUGGGUUUGAUGGGUUUGCAGCUCGGACGUUCGAACAGGUUUCUGAGUUUGGGGCUUGGUUUGAUGUUGCUGUCGACAACUUUGGGCGCACCAUGUUAUGGAGCUUACUUUUUCAGUGGGGACAUUUUAUAAGUAGCUUAGAGUGGUGUGUCUUUGUGUGUACACACAAUUCCAUGGGAGCAGACUGGAAGAACAAGUUCGGCGAUGGCCCUUGGUGGGUUCGGAAAACCAUGGCAAAUGGUUUUAAGACUCCUGUAGGAGCAUUUGCUAUCUUUGGAUUACACGUUCUUCCUAUUUGGCUGUAUGGUUACUACAAUCGAGUCCUAUCAGCAGCAUUUCUGAUGCCUUCUACAAUGCAAUGGCUUGUAACUGCAUUUCUUGUUGCUGGAAGACUUCUAUGUAUGGCUGUGGAGUUCUGGUGUCUUUGGAUUCAUAUUAUGUACCUCAUACGAAAUGAGAAGGAAACCCAAGGAAAGUAAUGGACUGAAUGUAAAUGCACUGAAGGCAAUUUGGGUUGUUCAGGAACAUGAUUUGUUAAUUCAACAUUUACAAAAGGCAAAUUUUCCUGGUUAAGGUAACUGGAUCCUGUAACAAUUAAGUAUAAUUAACAUCUAAGUUCUCACUGGAAGUGGGUUGUGUACUGUUUACAAUUUGGACCUUUGGGACGAUCCCCUCCCUCCCCUUUUUGCAGGGGUUAUAGGAAGGCAGAAGAAAAGGUGUCAUUAAAAUUAUUCUUCUCUGUCUUGAAUCGUUUUCUUAUGACAACCAACAAAUUACAUUUGUGGAGGUUUUUUUUAAAUAAAUGGAUUUUCUGUGUUUUCAAUUAAAACAUUCAUAGGGUAUUUGCCAUUUUUGUUAAAGGUUUUAAAAGCCUUAGUUAUGGGUUAGUUGAUACUCAAGGAUCAAACUGUUGAAAUCAAUUGUACUUUCAGUUUAAUCGAAAUAGCAAAUUCUUGACAAUGCAAACACCCUAUCUUCCAUUUAAAUAACCUAAUAAUUAAAACCAUAUUGGAAGAUAAUUUAGGGUGAAGAUAUGCUCCUAUUUUCACUUUUUGGUGCAAAAUGGUUUUUUUAGGUAUUCAUAGCUGAGCAAAGUAGCAACUCCCGAACACUCCAGACCAGUAAGAUCACCUCAAGUACCUAGUUAUAGACUGCUACUUCACAAUGGAUAUAGUGCAACCCUAGAUUGGUGCAAAAGGAUAUUUUAAAACUAGAUUUACACUACAACUGCAGCAAUCUCAGUCACAGUUUUGCUUUGAACUGACACUGAAGUUUUGUUGUAAGUUCAGAGGCUGGGUCCAAUCUGCCUGUAACAAAGUGGUGCAAAAAAGGUAGUACAGAUGGCUUCAUAAUGACAGUAAGCAGGCGAAGAGUGUCUAAACUGUCCACAGAGACAUCUGGGGCCUUUAUUAAAAAAGCUUUUCAUUUUUUGAUUGUUACUAGAAAAUAGUUGAUGUAGCUUAAUGGCUCCCAAAAUUAAAACAGUCAUCAGGGAGCAGUGUUCUGCUCUGUGCUGAACAUGGCUGAAGGGAUGAAGUGAACUCAGUCAGCAGAACUGGGCUCUGCUGAGCACUGUACAAAUAGUAAUUUCCAACUAAUAGCUACAGUGUACCCUUAGUAAAAUUCCUAUCUGCUUCCAAGUCUCCACGGUAAACCAAAAUGGUUUUGCUUCUGAGGGCCACAGCUGAUUCUAAUGAAUGACACAAUGAGGAAUAAUCUUGAUUUGUAUCUUUUCCAGCACUGGGUGACAAGUGGGAGAUUUCUGAGCUAGGAUUUGCUUCAUAUUACAACACACUUGACUGGUGCUUGAAUUACCCUGUUUGACCACAAUCCGACUGGGAAAAUUUAAUACAUGGUGGUUUGUAUUAUUUGGAGUUAGACUGUCAGCUAAACAUCUUGCCAGUUAAUAACGAUUGCAGCAACUUUUAAGUUGUCAGAAGGAAUUAAGCUAUAUAUAGGAAAACACAACUUUGUUCUCAUUGCUAACAGUUUUUUUUCCUGCUGAGUUUGGAGACCAGAAACAGGAAAUAAAUUGCAAAUAUCCUAGAAGGCAGAAGUUAAAAUUGAAAAAAAAACUACCCGAAAAUGAACUUUUCCUUUGUCUUUAAAAUGGAAACAGAAACAUGCUUUAGAUUUGUCCAUUGUUGUUGUGUUCGUUUUUAUGAAAGUUUGACUCAAUUUUCUCAGACUAGUAGGCACCUGAACUUGAAUCUUACGAAACAAACAGUAGGAUACAAUCUGCAAUGCACAAAGCCCCAGUUUUUAGUGAAGUAGCUAAUAUUUUUGCAUUUCAAAAAAAAAAGCAAUUUAUAGCAACAGCCCCUAGCUUGAGCAGCAGAGUCAGACAGCAUUUCCAGUUGUUACCCAGCAACUAUACUUGAAAUGGCUAAACUGGGUUCGCUCUGAUGCUGCACCACUGCAAGAUCUUAUGCAAUAGUCAUUUGAUCAAAAUAGUGUGAAGGGAGAAAUUUGCCUCAAACACCCUCAGAAGGAGAAAUAAUUAGUACAGAACCUUCAAGGCUACAGCAGAAAUGUUAACAUUGCAAUGUUCAAAUAGUUAUUUGGAACUAAAACUUUAGAAUUUUACACAUUGAAGGCUAAACUGUGAAAUGCUGCAAACUGGAAUUGAGACUAUUGUGCACUGUGCUUUGACUUCUACAUUCAGGAAGGAUAUCCAUUAUAGAUUUCCACAAGAGAAACCUCAAUGGUUGCGAUGACUUCCGAAUUUGAAGUUAUGAAUUAGAGUGAUGUUAUUUGCUACAUGCUUUUGUGAUUAGGCAAAUUAAAUUGUUAAUUUCAA